AUGGCCACAACCGACUAUAAAUUUGAAGGCUGGAUGGGCCUCGACCAGAGUGCUGCCGAUGGUAAGAUGGUUUGGCAGCAGUUUGAGCCUAAGCCGUGGGAGGAAACCGACAUUGACAUCCGCGUCACCCAUUGCGGUAUCUGCGGCUCGGACAUGCACACGCUACGCUCUGGAUGGGGUCCGACCAAUUACCCAUGCUGCGUCGGCCACGAAGUGAUCGGCACCGCUGUCCGCGUUGGCUCCCAAGCGGAGGGCAAUAUCAAAGUCGGUGACCGCGUGGGCGUUGGCGCCCAGAGUGGCGCAUGUUUGAACCGCAACGGCGACUGUGAAGCAUGUGCGUCUGGUCUGGAGCAGCAUUGCAACCGCCUGGUCGGCACCUACAACGGGACGUAUGCCAACGGUGGCAAGUCGUAUGGCGGUUACUCGACUUAUAGCCGCGUGCCCUCGCACUUUGUCAUUUCCAUCCCGGACGCUAUUCCCUCAGCUGCGGCGGCGCCGAUGCUGUGUGCCGGUAUUACGACGUACUCGCCGUUGAAGCGCAACGGCUGCGGACCUGGAAAGACCGUCGGUAUUGUCGGAGUUGGUGGACUCGGUCACUUUGGCAUUCUCUUCGCCAAAGCUCUUGGUGCCGACCGCGUCGUGGCCAUCUCGCGCAAGACCAACAAAAAGGCCGAUGCGCUGAAGCUGGGAGCCGACGCAUACAUCGCGACGGACGAAGAUCCAGACUGGAAUACGCAACAUGCUCAGUCACUGGACUUGAUCAUCUCGACCGUCUCGUCGUCCAAAAUGCCCAUUGUGCAGUAUAUCCAGUUACUGCGUACCCACGGCACUUUCAUCCAGCUUGGCAACCCAGAGGAUGGUGCCCUGGCGAUUCCCGCGGGUGUGCUGAUUAUGAAGGGCAUCAAGUUUGGUGGGUCUCUCAUUGGCAGCCCCGACGAGAUUCGGGAGAUGCUGGAUUUGGCGGCAGCGAAGAAUAUCCAACCGUGGAUUGAGGAGCGGCCGAUGAAAGAGGCCAACCAAACCAUUGUGGAUAUGGAAAACGGAGAUGCGCGAUACCGAUAUGUACUAGUAAAUGAAUGGUGA